ACUACACCUUUCCUCAGGCUGGCCCCGUUUAAAAUGGAGGAAGUCAGUCUCGAUCCGUAUAUUGUCCUGUACCAUAAUGCCAUUUCCGACAGCGAGAUUGAGGAUAUGAAACAGCAAGCAAAAAACUUUACUAAUGGAUUCACAAGAAGCCCUUCACUGAAUGUAACUGCAAAGCCAAACAUUGUGGCACGAAUAGAUUGGAUUGAAAAAAUGACCCCAUUCACAGACCGUAUAAACGUACGCGUUACAGAUAUUACUGGCUUCGACGUCAAUGAAUUUAAAACACUGCAGAUCGCUAACUACGGCAUCGGCGGCCACUUUAUACCCCACUUCGACUACACGACGGCGGAUCGCUUAAGCAUGAAACACAUUUACGGAUUAGGCGAGCGUACGGCUACAGUAGUGUUCUACGCGAGCGAAGUACAGGGUGGUGCAACCGUCUUUCCCAACAUUCAAGUUACAGUCCAACCGCAGAAGGGUAGCGCCUUGCAUUGGUAUAAUCUAUUCGAUGACGACUCUCACAAUCCACUUACACUGCAUACUGUAUGUCCCGUGAUAUCCGGAUCUAGAUGGACAAUCAACAAAUUCAUACAUUCGGAUGCUCAGCUCUUUAGGAAGCCCUGUCUGGCCAGGAGGAUAUCUCAGCUAAAGAACUAAACGAAACAA